UUUGAAAACUAUAGGGUCUAAAAUGGAGAAAACGUAAAAUCGGGAAAGAUUUUGGGUUAAAUGAUUAUAAAUAAAAACAUAAGGGGUCAAAUUCGAAUUAGCCACAAAAUCUUACUUACCCUAAAAAUUUCGCCUUUCUAAUUCUGCACCACAUCGUCGUCAUAAGCUUUUCUCUCACUCCGGCGUCUCUUUCUCCGUCGCCACCAUUCCUAAAACCUCUCCCGUCUUCCUCUAAUGGCGAUCAAUCAUAGCCCCGAUAACGAAUCCAACGAAAACACGCGUCUUUAUCAUCCUUACCAAAACUACCAGGUCCCGAUCAAAGCUCAGUAUCUAUACAAGCUUCCGACUUCUCCGGAAUUUCUCUUCACGGAAGAGUCUCUCAAACAGCGUCGAUCAUGGGGAGAAAAUCUCACUUUCUACACAGGAACGGGUUAUCUCGGCGGCUCUGUAGCCGGCGCUGCAGCUGGGAUCGUCUCCGGUAUCAAGAGUUUUGAAAAUGGAGACACGACGAAGCUGAAAAUCAAUAGGAUUUUGAAUUCGUCUGGUCAGGCAGGUCGCACUUGGGGUAAUAGGAUUGGGAUUGUUGGGUUGAUCUACGCAGGGAUUGAGAGUGGUGUUGUGGCGGUAACUGAUAAGGACGAUGUUUGGACCAGUGUGGUGGCUGGUCUUGGAACCGGAGCGGUCUUUAGGGCAGCACGAGGAGUGAGAUCUGCGGCUGUGGCGGGUGCUUUUGGCGGAAUUGCGGCUGGUGCGGUUGUGGCGGGGAAGCAGGUUUUCAAGCGGUAUGCUCACAUAUGAAGAACCGGAGUGCCACCUAUAUGGGAAAAUCAUAAAAAUUAGAGCUUUGUUUGGGGUUUCUAGGGUAGAAUUCUGGUUUACCUUUUAGCAUGAAUUAACCUGCGAACCUUUAUUUAUAUAGAUAUAAUAAUAAUAAUAAAGGUUUUACCUUUUGGUAUUCGAAUCUCCAUGAGUUCUUGUUUAUGAUUAUGCUAGCUUUUGUUAUACUUAUAUGUUUGUGCCUAUUUUUCACUUGUCUAUAAAGCGUGUAUGUUCUGGUUGUUAUCAGAAUGACUCAGAGAUGAAAUGGCUUUCAAUCUCAUUUCCUCA